AUGAAGGUCUCAAUCCUCGGUCUCCUCACCCUCUCAGCAUUCGCUUCCGCAUGCGCCAGCUACGAAAGCUGCCACUGCUACGACAGCAACGGCAUUCCCAACAACGGCGCCACCCAGACCGUCUGCGAUCACUUCAAGGGAGGAACGGAGCCCAACACCCAGUACAAGGAGUGCAACGUCAAGACUUUUGGUGGCGGUGCUUCUAGCUUCGAUAACUGUGACUGGAGACGCAGAUGCCAGAGUGCUGGCGCCACUGGUGCCGAUUCUUCUUGCCGCAGCAAGUUUCCCUAG